AUGGCGCCCAAUAAGUUGGUCGCUUUGGCAGCCGCCGUUCGUGAAGCUCUAGCAGCACCACAAAGUCUGCUGGCAGAGUCGAAAGAAGAGAGAGAAGCACGAUUGGACUUGGUCGAUAUGAUUCCAGACUUAAAUGCUGCACUCAUUGGAGAUGCGAAUGUCCUCCGCGAAUUGGCAUGGUCGGCAGUCAAUGUGGCGCCUUUGCACGCAAUAAAUCGUUGGAAUAUUGCCAAGCUCGUUCCAUUGAACUCUGCUGUAACGUACAACGAACUUUCCGAGAAGACUGGGGUUUCAAAGCCGGUUCUUCAAAGAUUGUUGCGGCAUGCUAUGACCAACAGACUCUUUUCUGAACGAGAAGGGAAGGUAUCACAUACGCCGACCUCAAGACUGCUUGUAGAAGAUGUGAGGUUGGCCGCAUUCGUUGAUCUCCACACCGAGGGCGUAUGGAAAACCUGGCCGCAUUUUAUGGACGCAUACGAGCGAUGGCCAGAUUCGAAGAAUCCAAGAGAAGUAGGAUACUCUUUAGCAUGGGGACGGCCAGGAGAAGUUUCAUUGUAUGAAGAUGUCCAAAAAGAUCCCGUUCGGGCAACCAAUUUUGGACGAGCCAUGGAACUUUUCAGUUCAGGCGAGGGGUACGGCGCUGAAAGUUUGGUUGGAGGGUUUCCUUGGGCCGAGAUUGGCAAUGGAACUGUAGUAGACGUUGGAGGUGGGAGUGGUUUUGCCAGUGCCGCAAUUGCGAAAGCUUUUCCCUCACUACAUCUCAUCGUCCAAGACAUCGUCGUAAAUGAUGCUUUGAAGGUUGAGAACCCGGAAGCAAACAUAGAAUGGAUGCAAUAUGACUUCAAUACUCCCCAGACUGUGGUGGCAGACGUAUAUUUCUACCGGUUUAUUUUCCACAACUAUCCCGAUGCCACAGUCAUCAACAUACUGAAGGCAGCGACUGCUGCUCUCAAACCCGGUGCAAAGGUCUUGAUUAAUGACUCGGGGCUGCCUGACCCUGGAGAAGCGCGAUGGUACGACGAGAAAGCCGCAAGGAGUCUCGAUGUUUUGAUGCUGGCUUCAAUGAAUGGACGUGAGCGAAGCCAGGAUGACUGGGGAGCUCUAUUCAAGGCAGCAGAUCCACGAUACAAGUUUAAUGGUGCAACAUUGCCAUCGGGCUCUCGUAUUUUCAUCAUUGAAGCCGAGUGGACUGGAUGA